UAACUAGAAAAUGUUGGGAUGAUUGAGUUGCAGUGAGAUGAAAUGGAUUAGUUUGUUGGGUGAACAAUCUGUAUUUCUUUUGCUCGCGGCCUUAAUUGAGGCAGUAAACCAGAACUCAAGAGGUUUAAACUGACUUUCUUCAGUUGAGCGACACCUGCUUUUUUCACGAUCUUGUGGCUUUUUUUUCCCCAUUCAGCUGAAGCUGAGCUCUUGUUUUACCUACAAAGCCUGCUGGACAGGUAAAAAGAGUACCAUGGGGGACCAGAUGCAAUGGGCCAGGUUUCGAUGGCAGAGGCUCGUAUCUGCUGAAGCCAGCUAUAGCAGAGAAGAUACAUUUUCCUCCAGAAGAUGCAGCACAACUUACCAGCCAUCCAGAAGUGGAGGCAAGCACAGGACUGUAAUCCCCUGUCUUGCGCGGUUCAAUGAGGAGUACGAGAAAGUAUCAAAGUCUUACAUGAAUAACAGCAUACGAACAACAAAAUACACGCUACUGAACUUCAUUCCUAUGAAUUUGUUUGAGCAGUUUCACAGGGCUGCCAACCUUUACUUUCUCUUCAUUGUGGUCCUCAACUGGGUUCCUGUGGUAGAAGCCUUUCAGAAAGAAAUUACAGUGAUUCCUCUGGUAGUUGUUUUGACAGUCAUUGCCUUUAAAGAUGGACUUGAAGACUACAGACGAUACAACUUUGAUAAGCAGAUAAACAACAUUUUAACCAAAGUAUAUAGCAAGAAACAUCAGCAAUAUAUUGAUAAAUGCUGGAAGGAGGUCCAUGUUGGAGACUUCAUCCGACUAUCCUGCAAUGAGAUCAUUCCAGCAGACAUGGUUCUUAUCCACUCUUCUGAUCCAGACGGUAUCUGUCACAUUGAAACCGCAAAUCUGGAUGGAGAAACCAAUCUUAAGCAAAGACAAGUAGUCAAAGGAUUUCCAGAGCAGGGCUUUGAAGUGAAUCCUGAAAAGUUUAACAGUAGAAUUGAAUGUGAAAGUCCCAACAAUGACCUGAAUCGGUUUAGAGGCUUCGUGGAGCACCCUAAUAAAGAACGUGUUGGCCUGUAUAAAGACAACCUGUUGUUAAGAGGGUGCACAAUACGAAAUACAGAAGCUGUUGUUGGCAUUGUUGUCUAUGCUGGACAUGAGACCAAAGCGAUGCUGAACAACAGUGGGCCCCGUUACAAACGCAGCAAAUUGGAAAGGAGACUGAAUGUUGAUGUCCUAUGGAGUGUUGUUCUACUUCUCUUGAUGUGCUUGACCACAGCUAUAGGACACGGGAUAUGGUUGAACAACUUUGCAGAGGAUCCACCAUUUGUUGUGCCAGAGCCUAAUGGGAAACAGACUCAACCAGCAUUGGCAGGCUUUUACAUGUUUUGGACAAUGAUCAUUGUGCUACAGGUUUUAAUUCCAAUUUCCCUCUACGUGUCUAUUGAAAUAGUCAAACUUGGGCAGAUAUUUUUUAUUCAAAGUGAUAUUGACCUGUACAAUAAAAAAUUGGAUUCAACCAUCCAGUGUAGAGCUCUCAAUAUCACAGAGGACCUCGGUCAGAUCCAGUACAUUUUCUCAGACAAAACCGGCACCCUCACUGAGAACAAGAUGGUUUUCCGCAGGUGCAGCAUCGCGGGCGUGGAGUAUUCUCAUAAAGACAAUGGAAAAAGGCUGGAGCUGUACCAGGAUGUUGACUCUGAUGAUGAGGAAUAUCAGACUGGAACUCUGAACACCAAAUCAGAUCUGAAAGCGCAGAGCUGCAAGACACUGAACAGACCCCGGAGCUCUUCCUCCCUGAACACCCUUACUGACCGCUGUCCAUCUCUGCAUGUGGGAUAUGCGCAGACAGACACCCACAGCCCAUGUCAUAUGGCUUUCAGUAGCAGAAUGGAGCGGGAUGUAGUGCCUGACCCUCAGCUCCUGAGGAAAUACAACCUGAUCUCCUCACCUUCCUUCAUGCCGGAUGAAUCUUCUGAAAGUGGUUCUCUAGAAACAAAAUACAUCAUAGAAUUCUUUCUUGCUCUGGCAGUCUGCAAUACUGUUGUGGUGUCGUACCCUAACCAGCCAAGACAACGGGCCCGAUUCCCAGACAUUGGCCGAACGCCCCUGAAAUCCUUGGAAGAGGUCAAGCAGUUAUUUCAGAGGUUCUCUGUUCGUCGCUUUAACACUCCUUCCAGCCUAAAUGGCACGGACUCUCUGUCAAACAGUACCAGCAGUUUUACAAGCAGACUUAGUAUUUUUAAAACAAGGACAAAAACACCCACCUUGUUCAAAGGAAAGGAAGAAAACAUUUCUGAAUCUUCUCAGAAAGACCAGCCUAGUGAGAACCAGCCUCCGUGUAAUAUAGAGUACCAGCCAGAGGUAGAGGAAGCUGCUGGCAGCUUACCUUCCAAAAGUGAAUCUACCACUACGCAGCCCGGUGCUGGUGAGCUAAACUACGAGGCCGAGAGCCCUGACGAAGCUGCUUUAGUCCAUGCUGCCAGAGCUUACAAAUGCACUUUACAAGCGCGGACUCCUGACCAGCUCACAGUCCAGCUAGCUGCUGUUGGAGAUUUGAACUUUCAACUUUUACACAUUUUGCCCUUUGACUCCGUGAGGAAGAGGAUGUCUGUAGUUGUCCGGCAUCCAGUCACCGGUCAAGUUGUUGUUUACUCCAAGGGCGCAGAUUCGGUUAUAAUGGAUCUUUUGGACAACUCACCCAAAGAUGAUAUCCAAUUAGAAAAAAUACUAAGGAAAAUUAAAGAGCAAACACAAAAACAUUUAGAUGACUAUGCCAGAGAAGGACUACGCACUUUAUGCAUAGCCUAUAAGGUACUGAGUGAUGCUGAAUAUGAAGAGUGGUUGAAACUACAUUUCUUAGCAGAGACCAGUAUUGUUAACAGAGAAGAGCUUUUGCUGGAAUCUGCAGUUAAACUGGAAACCAACCUAAUCUUGUUGGGUGCUACUGGUAUAGUGGAUCGCCUCCAGGAAGGCGUUCCAGAGACCAUCGAAGCAUUGCAAAAAGCGGGGAUAAAGAUCUGGGUUCUGACUGGGGACAAACAAGAGACAGCCAUCAACAUUGCCUAUUCCUGUAAGCUGCUGAGGCCUACUGAAAAGGUUGUUACUGCAAACUGCAACAGCAAGGAUUGUUGUGAGGUAUUGCUUAAUACACUUAUAAAAGAAAUUGGAGAGAGUGUCCAUGGACCCAGUGGAGGGCCAGGUUCUGGCUUCAGCUUGGUGAUUGAUGGGAAGACACUGGAGUACGCUUUGCACGAGAGCCUAGUGGAAACGUUCCUGGAGCUAACCAAGCAGUGCCGAGCAGUCGUGUGUUGUAGAUCAACCCCACUGCAGAAGAGUCAAGUGGUCAAGCUAGUGCGAGAAAAACUUGAAGUCCUGGCUCUUGCUAUAGGUGAUGGUGCCAAUGAUGUCAGCAUGAUCCAGGUUGCUGAUGUUGGGAUAGGAAUUUCAGGCCAGGAAGGCAUGCAGGCUGUGAUGUCUAGUGACUUUGCCAUAUCAAGAUUUAAACAUUUAAGCAAGUUGCUGCUUGUCCAUGGUCAUUGGUGUUACACAAGAUUAGCCAAUAUGGUUCUUUAUUUCUUCUAUAAAAAUGUUGCCUAUGUGAACCUGCUCUUCUGGUAUCAGUUCUUUUGUGGGUUUUCUGGCAGCACAAUGACAAACUAUUGGAUUCUCAUUUUCUUUAACCUCCUCUUCACCUCGGCACCACCUGUAAUAUAUGGGAUCUUGGACAAAGAUUUUCCUGCAGAGACACUCACACGGCUGCCAGAGCUUUACAAAAGUGGUCAAAGCUCUGAGGCCUACUUGCCAUCCACUUUCUGGUUAACGAUGUUGGACGCAUUUUAUCAAAGCCUUGUGUGCUUCUUCCUUCCAUAUUUUGUGUACGCAGAUUCUGAUAUCAGUGUCUUCUCUUUUGGAAUGCCUAUUAACACAUGUGCUCUCUUAAUCAUUCUCUUGCAUCUUGUAUUAGAAAGCAAAACCUUGACUUGGAUACAUGCGGUUGUUCUGAUUGGAAGUGGGCUAUUUUACUUUGUGUUUGCUGUGAUCUUCAGUGCCACUUGCGUAACCUGCAACUCUCCAGCCAACCCUUUUGGGAUCAUGGAGAAAUACAUGUCUGAUCCAGUCUUCUUCUUGGUCUGUGUUCUGACUACCGUCGUAGCACUUUUGCCCAGGUUUCUGUAUCGCUAUGUUCAAAGCAUUUUAUUCCCCACACCCACCUGUAAGGCUGCACAGUUUGAUAAGAUGACCCCAGAAGAGUGCAGUCGUGAAAUUAAAGCCUAGAAAGAUGCCCAAGAAGUCUGCACUCAGUAUGGGCACAUAAACCCCAUCUGUGCCAACACUACUGAUGACACCUUUUAAGAGAGUGAAGCUCACCAUGAACUGGCUGCACUGGACCUGCAAGUCAUGUAGUGGAAUCAGGAGAUUCACCUGGGACCAAAUCAGGUGGCAAAGACACAUCGGAACAAUACAGUGCCUGCCAGUUACAUGUAGCACCCAUCCUGCAGGUAUAUAUCGGUAGCUGGGACCUUGAAUUGUACUUUUGAAGACGAAAAACUUAAGAAGAGUCUUUGAAUAGAAUGGCUUGUAGCUACAGUGUGCAGGAAAUACUGCUUCAAGCCAACACCAUUGAAUCGGCGCCCAAGUUUAUGGAGUAAAUGAUUGGGUUCCACUUUAUUGAAGUUGAAGUGAAAUAGUUCACAUAGAAAUUAAGCAGCCAGUAGUGGUUGAUCCAUAUUGGCCUUUUUGUUUGCAACCCUUAAUAUUUGCACAAGUACUUUUAAACUUAAAUAGUAUGAUUGAAGAGGAGUGUUUAUAAGAUGCGUGCAAGCCUUAGAGCAAAUAGAAGUAUGUGAUGAUUCUUUUUUUUAACUUUUUUAUAUAGAAUGUAAUUUUGAACAGCUGUGGCCUUUUUGUUAUGAACACAUACAACUUUGUUUUAAUAAAAAAAACAAUAAUAAUAAUAAUUAUGAUGUAUCCUCACAGACAGAGGUCUGAGAAGUAGGAACAAAUGCCUGGGGGUUGGGAUUUUCUUUGUCCCAAAAAGGUUUCAGCAUUCUUUUUUAUUAUAGGAACAGUGCUACCCUGUUAUAACGUGGUUGUCGGGGUCCAUAAUUGGAGACCGCG